ACUAAUUCCAUCGUUAGCAACAACCGAAAAUGAGCUCACCUCGCGAACGGGACACAAAGUUCAUCGAAGAGGAUCUGGUGCCGGAGUUGGUGUCCGACCGGUGCUUCUGCGAGUCCAACUCGCGCGAGUUCGUCGAACUCGAGAGCGUCGCUGCCGAGCCACUACUCGACCACCACGUGCUCUACCGAGCGACGAUCGUCAUCCGAUUUUCCGACGUGCCCACCACGUUCCGCGUACUGAUAAAACUCCUGCCCGCUGACUCCAAUGACUACGGCGGUUUCCUCAACGAGGAGAUGAUCUGGAACAAGGGCACCCUGCAAUACGGCAAAACGGACUUUUUCCCCCGGUUCUACGCCGCCGACAUGGGCCGGUACGCCGGCAGAGCGAUCAUCGUGGUCGAGGACCUCCGGAGUCGAGGCUUCCGACGUGCGAUCGGCGGGCACUUUGACAACGACGAGGCUCGGCUCGCCGUCCGGUUCAUCGGGCGCUUCCACGCCCGGGGCCUCCGACUCAGGCGCGACAAGUUCCCGGUCUUCCGCGAGUUCUACGCCAAGUUCGAGGAUACGUUGCCGGUCCGGCGCGCCGAUCUGUGCCAAUCGGCGGAGGAUAAGGAGGCGGGGCUGGAGAGGUGGCCGAGUUGCACCAUCUGCCAAGGUCUGAUGACGCGGGAGAACCUUUGGUUCAGGAGGGACCCGGACACCGGUGAGCCGGUCGAGGUGCGGCCGCUCGAUUGGCAGAGGGUCCGCCUGGGACCCGGGGUCAUCGACUUGGAGACGCUUCUGGCUUGGUGCAGCGACGACGCCAGGGAAGCUCUGCGCGACCUCUACGUGGACGUUGUGCGCGAGGAAGUGCCCGAGAUCGGCAGGGAGGAGCUGUUGCGCGACUCUGACGGCGUUGGAAAGACGUACGCGGACAUCGCCCACCGGCUUGGAGGAUCUUUGGAUUGAUGUUUUUUUUUUUUUUUUUCUUUUUCCAUCAACUACGAGUCUUAUAAAUAUACAGGACGAUAUCUAUCGCUUAUAUCAGUCGCUCGUUUUCCCACCCAAUCAUCAGUCUCAAUGGGUAUGCGAGACGCAAUACUCCGUAAGAUUUAGGGCACAGGUGCAGGUUACUUGGUUUGCCACUAAAAUUACGUCAGCCCAAUUGGAUGCUCGACCGAAUGAAGAAAGAACGAGAGCGCGCCCACGCGUUCAUUGUAACGUAUACACACGUAUUAUGAUAAUAUAGUAUAUUUAUACUUGACGAAAAAUAAUAAUUAAUUGGCAGUGUAUCCAAUAUGUACCUUGGGCGGUGAUGCGGGCUAUUGUUCGAAUCGCACGAUUCAUUCUCCGUCGAUGCAAGUAUAUGAGGUAUGCGCGGGUAACUGCAUAUGAUUUUCCCAUAACUCGUAUAUACAAGGUGUACCCAUACACGUAUAAAAUAUCAUCCAAAUGGCGCGUUUGUCGUUUUCUUAACUACGCGAUUUGCAUACCAACCAUUUUUCUGUGGUAUUUUAACUCGUCGUUUAUGCACGAAUAUCCACACAACAAAGGACCACCGUAAACGCUUGUAAUAUCCGCGCGUGCGUUUAUGCAAUUGUACAAAUCGAAAGAGGGAGCACGUAAUGAUUAUCAACUAGUGCAAAUCAUCGUGGUUGUAAAAGUAUUAAAAUGAUGGCCCCGUUGUGUCUGUGUGGUACCCAUACAUAUACUCUCCGCGCCUCCUCGUUUUCGUCAUCAUCAUCAUCAUCAUCAUCGUUAUUGGCACAAUGGCAAUUUGCUAAACACGCGAUGUUGCGCAAACUGUAAAUAAGCGAGUAUACAUACUGGCCUGUCGAACCGAUGUAAAUGAGCAUAUAAAGGAACCAAAAAGCACAUCGUAUCUUUACCCGUAAAUUA